AUGCCUAAGUUAUUACGCUCUGUCCGGAUUUUGCUGGCCUUAUUGCCAAUUACCUUCGCAGCUCCAGCUCCAGCUCCAGCCCCGUCGCCGAUUGUUUCUGCAGCACCGCAUCCUAUGAUCACACCCCGAGCAUCCUUGGCCGACCGAACAACUUCUAAACUCGAGGACCGUGACAUUCUCAGCUCCCUCGAAGGCCUGGGGGGAUUUCUCACUAGUGCUAUAGGCUCGUUCCCUGACUAUGUCGCGAGCGGAGUCCCAAAUUUCUUCCAAGACUUUCCCACAGGAACUGCCGUGCAAAAAAGCUUGGGCAUCAGCGACAAUGAGUUAGCGGCAACACCUACUCAGGUCCUGAAUAUCCCAGCAUAUGCCAAUUGGACAGAUCAAGGAUGGAAUCUGCGGUUUCGCGGAAAUGUCUACAAGCAGCCCAAUAUCUCUGAGUCGAAACUCGACCAACUGGCGGAUAUCUUCCUCGUUGGCACGUCAAUUAAAGACCUGCCACCCCCACAACAAAGUCAAGCUCGGAAUCUGACGGCCGAGAUCUUUGUGGUCCAACAGGGAAACGUCAAUGUUUCUUUCAAUAUCGAACCAGCAGCAAAGCAAGGCUCAGAUGGCACGGGGACCGGAAGUAAUGCAGUCACUCCAGGAGGAGGGUCACAAAACAUAACACUGGUGGGACAGACGACUGUUGAAGGAGACUUCGAUCAGUUUGUCCCGCUGGCAAAUAUUUCUGGUCCCGGCGGUUACCUCCUUCCGGGCAAUGGCACACAGAAGCUCCAGCGGCUCAACGUCUACGCCAACGGGACCGACACUGGCAACGCAACGUCUUUCCUCGUGCCCGAGGAAGGCCUAACUAUCAUCUCGGAUAUCGAUGACAUCCUCCGCGUAACACGCAUCUACCAGCCUGCCGAUGGUUUGCUAAAUUCAUUCGCGAAGGCCUUCACGCCCUGGAUGAAUAUGCCCGAGAUCUACGCCAAUUGGAGCCAGAGCAUCCCCGAUUUCCACUUCCAUUAUCUCACCACGACUCCAGAGCAAGUAACGCGGAACUACAUGGAUUUCAUUUACAAAACCUAUCCUGGGGGCUCAUUUGAUACUCGGCCCCUAAACUUCUCCGACGUAUCCGCCACACUCUCCAUCCGCAAAUUUCUCCUCACAAAAAUCUUCCAAACCUACCCAAAACGGAAGUUUGUCCUCAUGGCCGACACAUCCAACAGCGACGUAAUGAAAGACUACCCUGGCAUGGCGACCGACUUCCCCGGUCAGGUCAAAUGCAUAUUCCUCCGCAACACCUCUGCUACCGAUUCUGGCGAUAAAUUUCCCUACAACACAUCUGGGUUCAAGGGGUUGGAUAAUAGCACGUACAUGUUCUUCACAGUACCUGAUGAUCUGAAGGGCCUAGAUAUUGUGAAUGGACAGUGUGUCAACACGACAAUCAAGCAGAAUAUCACGUUUAGUGAGCAGGGCUUGCCGUUUGGCCUAAGUAAAAAGAGUGCAGCAGGGAGAGUAAGGAGCAAGCUGAGGGUGGUGGCAUUGGUGGGAUGGUCGACGCUUGUAUAUGCUAUGAUAUUAUGA